UUUGGCACUGAACAUUCUCCAAUCAAUCAAUAAAAUAUUGGUCGGUCUGUGAAAUGUGAAAUGGAGGAGGAGCCCUUGAAAUUGCAGAACUUGGAUUCGAUUCCGGUUCAGCUGCAAUCACUUGACAUUUUCAAUCUCUGAAUCCUCUGAAGCUGCUGCUCCAACGGCAAUUCCAAUCAUGGCCGACUUGCCCAAGGAGCAUUUCAUAGCAUCCAUCAAGGAGGACUAUGACGUCACAUGUUGGGGUUGUGGAUUACACCUUCUUCUUCCGUCAAAUGCUCCAAUUUUCAAGUGUGGUUGGUGUGGAGCUUUAACAAAUCAAAAUGCGGGGAAACGUGAAUGCAAGUACUUUUGGUUGAGACGCUUGCGGGAUCGCUGCUUUGUCGGUAUCCUGUUCAUGUUUAUGCUAUUUGUGAUAUGUGGUGGAGUGUGGGCGAUGUUCCCUGUUCUUUUCGGUAUCAGCUAUUUCCAUGGAAUUUUUCACUCCAUCAUUGCCUUCAUGUUAUCUGCAGCCACUGUUUAUACAUUCAGUUCUGCUUCAUUUGCGUGUGCUGGAACUCCUCCAUGCAGAGUGUGGGGAAGCUAUCCAGCUGUGGGGAAAAGUGAUCUCGAUAAUUAUACCUUCUGUCACCAAUGCUCAAAGCCAAAGUCGCCUAGCACUCAUCAUUGCCGGUCCUGUGGAAAGUGUAUAUUGGACAUGGAUCAUCACUGCCCAUUUAUUGGGAAUUGUGUUGGUGCAGCUAACCACCGACACUUCAUUGCCUUACUCAUAUCAGUUGUCACUAGCACGUUCUAUAUUUCUAUCAUGGCUAUAUAUGUGUGUUAUCAUAGCUGGCCAUCCAUAACCUACGAAGCCGAGGACCACUUGCAUGCCUUUGACAGUUAUUCAGCUAUAACAGCUAUCCGUGAGAUUAUAUAUGGUUUGCUAAGAUCUGCUGUCCUUUUAUCCCCUAGAGGGCUUCUUCUGUUAUAUCUGUUUAUUUCAAGUGUUUCGUUGGAGAUAGGGUUGAGCAUACUUCUGUGGCAGCAACUGAGUUUUAUUUACGAGGGAAAAACCUAUUUGAAUCAUUUAAGUUCACAGGGAACUGAUGAAGUUGGAGAGAAGGAUUGCCAAAACCUCGUGCGUUUCUUUGCAUUCCCGUAUCCCUUGUCAAGAUAUCUUCCCCUCUGCUCUCGCUCAAUUUUGCCAAGUUUGCAAAAGAAGACGCAUAGACACAAGAAGUAAAAGAAGUACUCUACUUUCCUUUUCCUUUUCUUUUAGUCAAUUUUUUAGGAGGGGGGCUUGAUUUUACUUUCAUGAUAAGCAAGAGUUUGAAGGUUCGCGGGGUGUAUACACCCCCAUCCCUGAAGAGAAACUCCUUGUAGGGUUGGCGGUUGGAACACUUGUGGUUUUAUCGAGUUAUGGAUAAUCUGUAUUAUAAAUUUAAAUUAAUUGGAGAAGGUGAAACAAUUUUGUUUAAUUUUAUUCACUGUUAGAUGUUA